AUUAUUUAUUCAAUCACUGCUAAUAACUAGGCAAAGAAGGACAAAUCAGUGUAUAAUGUAAAAUGGCGAUAAGAAAUUAUUUGUUUUUUGUUUUCUUGGUUAAUUUCUGUUUAUUUGGUGAAUUGGAGUGUCAAGAAGCCACAGAGAAAGUACUGUGUGAGGAAGGAUAUUGCCUGAGACAGGUCCAGGCUGGUGCCUGCGCGGCCACGUCGCCCAACUGUCGGUUCAACAACGCGACCGGCGUGGCGCUACCGUCGCCUACUACUUGCAACUGCUGUGACUUCUGCAUGCCUUUCAUUGCUGAAAACUCCCCGUGCAGUCUCGGAGGGCCUGGCGAGGGCACCACCAUCGGCAGAUGUGCUGACGGACUCACCUGCAUCGAUGGAACGUGUCAGAGAAUGCCAGCCUCGCUAUCGGAGUGUCACAAAAGGCAGGAUGAGUUUGACCAGAGACAGCUGGGGGGAGAGGGGGGGUGGCUGGAAGAGCGACCGGCUUGUGACGGCAAGGGGAGGUUCGCGCCUUAUGUCUGCGUGCCUACUCAGACAUGUUUCUGUCAAGAUGAGGACGGUCAGCGACUGUUCGGAGAAGUUCUACACUCCAGUCGGGUUACGCCGCAAACUAUGCCGUGUGAAUGCUCUCGCCGCGUCCACCGGCUGAAGGCCUCCAUCGGCCCCGGAGUCAGGUUCCCUGUUGACGGCCCGCGCUGCACCGCUGACGGGAACUUCUACCCCGUGCAGUGUGUCGGCCAGAUCUGUCACUGCGCCAACAAGUUGACUGGCGUGUUGGAAGGCAAAAGUGUCAACGUGACUGAGGACAAAGUUUCGGAUCUGCCUUGCUACGACAAAGACCUCGACCUAUUUGCUGCCUACAACUUUGACAACUUCAGCAGCCCCUGCCUAGAGGAGAAGCGACAGAAGGUGGCUCUGCUACAGGCCAGUAUCGACCAGGGCUAUACGGUCGACUACUACAAUGACGUCUCGGACUGUCACCCUGACGGGACUUACGGCCGUGUCGUCGUUAAUAAUGGAACAAAAAUAUGCGUGGACGAAUGGGGCAAACAGAUAGGGCACUACCAGGCUCUACCGAAUACACCAGAAUAUGAUAACAUGAACUGCAAUUGCGCGGUAACCUCCUCAAUAAUGGCGGCCUCCUUGGAGCAGCCGGUCUGCUGUAGCAACGGCAACUUCAGAGCAGUGCAGUGCCGGCGCGGGCGCUGCCGCUGCGUGGACCAGCAUGGCCGCCAGACAGAGACGGAGACAUAUGAUGUUGCGUCUCUCUCUUGCGCUACCGAGGGGUGGGAGACGUGCUAGUUCUAGUUUUAGAAAUUAAAUUGGUAUCGAAAUUAAA